AAUUUGAUUUUAACGAUUCACACCAGAGUGCGCGCAUCUAGUAAUCAGGAAAGAGAUUUGGAGGCAACUUUUGCUUGCUCUGAUACAUUCAACAUUAAUAUAUCUUUUAUAUUGUAAAUAUUAUAAAAAGAGUGGAUGGCAAAUAUAUAUUAAUAUUUAAGUGCAUCUGGAAUAAAUUGACACACUGCUUUUGAAUCAAUUUUAAUAAUAAUUUAUUUGUCUUAAAAUGUAUUCUUUAACUCACAAAACGGAAAAUGCACACGAGGACAGUAUAUGGACCUGUGCAUGGGGUUGUCCAAAGAGAAAGAAGGAUAUUCAAGCGGAUAAUGAAGAUUCACGAGAUUCUAUACGAUCCAACGAAGAUGAGACUGCAGAAUACCUAGUAACAGGUUCCGUAGAUGAUGCGGUAAAGGUAUGGGAACUGCGAGAUGGUACUUUAAAGCUAAAGCAUAAAUUGACUGGACAUUCUUUAGGAGUUGUGUCCAUAGCUGUCAGCUCGGAUGGAUCAAAAUGUGCGUCCAGUUCCCUUGACUCAAGUUUAAAACUGUGGGAUUUACAAUCCGGAGACAAGUUAUCGAGCAUUGAAGUUGGUCCGGUGGAUAUUUGGACCGUUGUCUUUUCCCCAGAUGAUAAAUUUAUUGUAUCUGGCAGUCAUGCAGGCAAAAUACAUUUAUAUGGAACUGAAAGUGGUAAACAAGAGCAAACAUUAGAUACAAGAGGUGGAAAAUUUACAUUGAGUGUUGCUUAUAGUCCCGAUGGCAAAUAUAUUGCAAGUGGCGCGAUAGAUGGGAUUAUUAAUAUCUUUGAUGUUGCCUAUGGAAAAGUUUUGCGUACAUUAGAAGGUCAUGCAAUGCCUAUCAGAUCUCUAUGUUUCUCACCAGAUUCUCAACUGCUUCUUACAGCAUCCGAUGAUGGACAUAUGAAGUUGUAUGACGUCAAGGAUGCAAAUCUAGCAGGAACAAUGUCAGGCAAUGCUUCUUGGGUGCUUGGCGUAGCUUUUUCACCAGAUGGUCAACAAUUUGCAUCAAGCAGUUCUGAUCAUACAGUCAAGAUUUGGGAAUUAGCACAAAGACAAUGUCUGCAUACAUUUGAAGAACAUAAAGAUCAGGUAUGGGCAGUAAAAUAUAAUCCACAACGAAAUAACGUUAUCGCGUCGGUAUCUGAUGAUAAAUCCAUUAAUUUGUAUGAAUGUCCAAUAUAUGAUAAGUAAUAUUGCAAGGAUUAAUAAAUAUUUUUUAUUCACGCUACA